ACUUUCACGCGUUGAGAGCAGCCGCCGCGGCAAACAUAAGAACAGCCCCUGCAUUGCCAAACCCCCACCAUGGGCAAAGGGAAAGGGCUCAGCGCAACCGCCAGAAAACUCAUAUACUAAUAGCAUUAGCGGUAGCUGUCGCUGGCCAAAGGCGUCCUUUCACGAUAUUUUUUUCCUUGGUGAACUUGGUGCUCUCCCAGGCAGUUUAUCGCUGAUAGAGUCCCGCGUGGAAUGUUGGACCACGCACUGGGUCGGCCCUCGGCCAAUAUAAAGCGGGUGCAGAUCCUGGUCGUCGUGCUUCUCAUUCACCGGUUCUUGAAAGGCGACGCCGCAUGGCUUACAAGUGGCAAUGGAAAGGCAGCGCUUCUCGCUAGAUGGUUCAACUCCAAGUUCGGCGCAACACAACCAUGGAAAGUUGCUGUAGGAACCUUGACCGCUGGGUGGGUCGCAAAGAACCUUCUCUUGCUUCUGGGAUGGAAUGCACCAGAACCGUUAGCGAAAAUGUAUACCAAGAACUUCUAUAGAUCAUCGUACAUUCUUACGAGUCUCGAUGCAGGAUUCAUGACUGCCAUGAACAUCAAGCCGAAAUGGCUGCGAGACAUUUUGUCUAUCGUCUUUUCUCUGUUCUACCUUUGCUUUCCGGAUACCGCGGACGAAAAGGUCCGAAAGUUCCGCGCUCACCCUACCGUCGACAUUCUGCGAGUGUCAUGGAACAAGUCCUUGAACCCAUACAUCUACCUGGCGGGCGCCAUGCACCGUCCCAAACUUCGCGUUCGCAAGAACAUCACGAUUCCACGUCCGUCACCAGCAUCUCUGAGCUCUUUCCCGGAAGAGAUGGCAAGCAAGCCCAUUUCUGCUCGACUCUACUUUGCGGGAACCGAACGCGACUUUGUUCGUGCAAAGGAACUCAUCCUGAUGAUCCCUGGCGGUGGCUUCAUGGCAAUGAGUCCGAUAUGCCAUGACGAUUACGUCUCGCAAUGGGCCAAAUCGCUCCGCGUUCCCAUCGUCAGUCUUGAUUACGGCAAAGCGCCCGAGUUUCCUUAUCCGUUCGGCUUGGAGGAGUGCUUUGACGCUUACAGGAGUAUUGUGGAGAGCAAUGGAGCCGUGCUCGGCAUGCAGGGACAUUGGCAGACGGAUUCCAGCGGCCAGCGCGUGGCUAGGGCACCUCUGAAGAUCGUCGUCGCCGGUGACUCAGCUGGUGGUAAUCUAGCUGUUGGAAUUACAAUGCGAUGCCUGGAGACCUACGAAAUGCACAUCCCCCCACCGAACGGGCUCAUCCUCGCAUACCCAUGUCUCUCCUUCGACAUGUCAUGCUGGAUGCCCUCAGAACAAGUCAAGCUCAUGCGCGCCGAGUCCCACCACAACCUCUCACUCAAGUCCUUGUCCGAGUCCAAGUCCAACAUGAAAAGGAACUCGCCGUUGACUCCUCAAGAUGCGCCCAGGAAGAUUGACGUUUUCAACGAUGAGGCGGCCAAGAAGUCGAGAUCGUGGUAUAAGGAUGUGAUGAGGCCUUGGUCGAGCCAGAUUAAGAGUCAGGGUAUCACUAUCCCUACGUCUUUGAGUAUGACGAGUCGGAUCAGCUAUUUCACUGACAGGAUCAUUUCUCCAGAAAUGAUGCGUGCCAUGGCUCUUCUGUACCUGGGAGGCUCGCCAAUACCAGUCGAUCUGGCAUCGGAUUACUACCUAAGCCCUGUCAUGGCGCCGGAUGAUCUCCUAGCACGGUUCCCCAAAACAUAUCUGAUCUGUGGGGAGAAAGAUCCAUUCGUCGACGACACAGUCGUGUUUGGAGCCCGCCUCCGAGAAAACAAACAGAAGGCACGCAAGGAAUGGGAACGGAUGAUGCGGCACAUGGAAGCGGAGGAGAAUCAUGGGGUGUACGGGAUAGGCGGCGUUCACAACGGUGUGAACGGUGUGAACGGCACCAAACCUGCACCACCCGCCACCUCCAAUGGCACCCACACCAACGGCAUCAGCACCUCCCGCGAAGCCAACCCCAUCCGCACCCACAUCUUCUCUCGCGACCCCGACACCAUGAUCCGCGUAAAAGUACUCGAAGGCCUCUCCCACGGCAUCCUCCAAAUGCUCGCCCUUCUCCCCGAAGGCCGCCAAGCCACCCGCCUCAUGGCCGACUGGUUCAACGAAAUGUUCGCCGACCCGGGCGUCGACGACCAUGGCGAAGACCUGACCGAGUUCAUGAUCCGCGAUAUCCACCGCAACGACGGUAAGUCCGACCACAUCCCCGUCGGACCCUUUUACCCGGCCUACGGAGCCCCGCAACACCCGCCUGUACCGCACAUCAACGUCGCGCGGGACUCGACCGACUCGAUGGACAGUGUGAACGGGCACGUGAGGUUCCGGGAUGACGUGAAAUCGCCGAAACCGCGCCGUGGGACAGGCAGCUCGACGACAUCCAAUCCGCAGUCGGCUGCCUGGGAGGGGAGCUCGGCGUCGGAUCUGUCGCCGACACCCGUGAUGGAUGAAGUGGAUGAGAAGAAGAUCUUGGAGCGGAGACGGACCGAGUUGGGGAGCAAUCUUUAUGUUCCGGAGGUGGAGUAGAGAGUAAGGCCCUUUUCAAGGUGCUUUACUACGUUACUUUGUCGCCGUAUGGUCAAGGAACUCCUCCUCACCUUCGAGGAGGAAGGACCAGUUGUGUUGUGCCACUCUAUCCUAAUGGCAAUGGAUGGGCUGGGGUUUCAUCUAGAAUGGACGGCGCAUACCUGGUCGCCGGAUGGGUUUGAACCUCUUGUAGGUUUUGUUUGCAUGUCAUGA